GCGGUCAACGCUGUGAAUCUCAAUGACAAGCUUCGCAAUGCGCGGGGCAAGCUCUCCACGAUCACCAACAAGCUCCAGAGCGCUGAAGAAGCUGCGGCCAAGGCAAGGGAGUUUGCUGAGAAUGCUCGGGCAGAAAAAGAAACGGCUGACCUUCACAUCUUGGAGUUGGAAGAGAAGUUGCGACAGGCCGUCAUUCCCACAGUCACUGUGGGAGCGGAUGGCAAGCCCUCAGUGCAUUCGCCCAUCCCUGGGUUCGAGGCUACAGUGCAGCAGUUCGACGCGGCCAUCAAG